CUGCAUAGAAGAAUACCAGUACGUUCAUCGACUUAUUAUGCACCACCUAAAACAGAAACCAUCACAACAGGGAAGCGAGAACAUCAAAAAGUCAAAAGUAAUCAGAAAAAAGGUGGUGCAUAAUAAGUCGAUGAACGUACUGGUAUUCUUCUAUGCAGCUGAACACUCAGAUAGUAUUCCAUUAUUCGAAAGAAUAGCCGAACUUUAUAAGGAUGUAAAUGAUCUCCUUGUCGCAAAGAUGAACGUGCAGCUUAAUUAUAUUCCGUCAUUUAUACGACCAUCCAGAACCCUUCCUACGGUCCGAUUGUACGAGACGCAGAGUUCAAACUA